AUGGCGAUUGAGAGUCGAGCGACGCAGAUUGCUGCGGUUGGAUACACUUUCGUCAUCCUUUCCUCAAUAGCGACUGUACUACGUGUUUAUUGUCGUGCCUUUGUCAUCAAGGCUUUUGCGCUGGAUGAUUGGUUUGCCGUCAUCGCCCAGUUUAUGUUUAUCGUUUUCUGCUCUUACGAACUCACUGGAACACGAUAUGGAACUGGACGUCAUUUCAAGGAUAUUACUACUGAACAUGAUCUCGUCAAGGCUAUGCAGAUGUGGUGGACAUGCGAACCGACAUACGUCCUAGCCAACAUGGCUGUCAAAGCCAGUAUUGCCAUCUUCUUGCUCCGAAUCUGUAUUACCCGAACACACCGAAUGAUCAUCUAUGUCGCGACCGGUAUUACUGAGCUCUACAGCUUGUUCUUCUUCUUGCUUUUCGUACUCCAGUGCAGACCUACGUCUCUCUUCUGGCAGCGAUAUUCCUCCAACCCUCCCAACGGAAGCUGUCUCGAUGCGAGUGUAGUUGCCAACGCUUUCUAUGGCUACUCCGCCAUCAGUUGUGUGUCCGAUUGGACAUACAGUAUUCUUCCCAUGUUCCUUGUUUGGAAGUUGCAGAUGAGCAAGAGAACCAAGAUCUCUGUUAUUGGUAUCUUGGCAGCUGGUGCCAUUGCUUCCAGUGCUACCAUCAUUCGAUUCCCCUACCUCUACUCUUUGACCGAUAUCGACGACUUCCUAUACUCAACAUCCGAUGUCGCCAUCUGGUCGACCGUCGAAACUGGUCUCGGUAUCACCGCCGCAGCAGUCGCUACUCUUCGACCCCUCCUCCGAAGCUUUCUUGGCAACGGAUCCUCUGCCGACGGUGGUGGAAACUCUGCCAGGCCCUGGCAAAGAACCGGCAGCAACCAUCCCUCCGGUGUCGGUUACCUCCGCAGUCAUGGUGUAGAAGGCGGUGAGGAAGCGUUCGACCUCCACGAUAAUGCUGGAAAGCGCAUCGGCGUCACUACCAUUAUUGACCACGGUGACGAUGUCAAGGGUGGUGAAGGCUCGAAGCGAACCAGCAGAUCUGCCGAGACUGACUCUGUGAAGGAGCUUCGCAAUGAUUGGAGUAGCAGUCACUCAGACAUUGCCGUUGCAGACAAGAAUGGCCAGCCAAGACCAGAGAAGGGCUGGAAUGUGCUGGUGAAGAAAACUGUUACACAGACAAGGGGAUCGGACCUUGCUUAA